AUGCAUAGGAGGGAAUCACAUAUGAGGCAAGCUCGUACCGAAUUGGGUCAAGGUUCCAACUCUGCCCAGACGCCGUUUAAAGUUAGUUUGUCGGAACAUGUCAAAGCACUUGAUAAUUUCUCAAGCCCUAAUGUUUUGAGCUCAAAUUUCCUUUUUUCCUUACCAACACAAAAACCUCAUGCGCAAGAGGCAACGGCUAUGAGCUCAAUGGCUUGCCAAAUUCAGAAUAUUGGAAGAUUACCAAGUGCACAAGUUCAAAAGGCUUGGCAUGCCCUUUCCAAUCUUCAGAUUUCUCAUAGGAACUACACAAAACCUGGAAAAACUGUUCUAGUUAAGGAUGCUAGUUCCAGGUAUUGUCGUGAUGUUGGAAGAACUGCUACGCCAAGCUCAUGUGACAUUGAUAAGAGUCGCACACAUAUGCAAACACAUCAAUACAUUAAUGGAACCAAUUCCAGGAACAAUGAAGCUGCAACCUGUUUGGGUAAUCGUUUUCCGUCAAGUAAUGUUAAUGUUGCAGAUGUCGGAAAUUGUUUUGGGGGGGCAAAGUCAGGAGGAUCAUUUAGCAACAAUAGUGUCCAUACCAGCCAAAUAAAACACUCUGCAAAAGUUUUGGUUAAUGACAUCGAUGAUGAUGAUGAAAUACUUGAGAAUAUUGAUGUUGACCAGAUAGUGGAACAGUACCAAUCAAGUUGCACACCUCAACCAUCGAUCUCCAAGCUUCCACCCAUUACUCCAUCUAUAGAUAAAGAUAACAUUGCAAGACAAGAGGUGACUAGUUUGCCUCCAGAUUUGUGCUCAAACUGCAUUCAUGGCUUGAUGUGCCUAAUUCCUGAAUCUAAUACAGAUAGGACUUUGCCCAGAAGCUGCAAGUCAUUUGCAGGAAUGAAGGACACGCUAAUUACCAUAUCCAAUGAACUGCUUGACGAUGUUAAUGAUCUCAGUCCAACGCGAAUAGAGAAGCUUCGCCAAGAUAGGUUACAGCUUAAUAAGAAGAUUCAGCAGCUCGAGAGAUAUCUUUGUAACAACUCAUUGGAUGAGGAAAGACGGAAGUCACAUUUUUCUGCAUCCACAGCAACUCCCAGGCCUUUCCAAUAUGAAACACCUCAAGCAGCUGCAUUCAGGACUGAUACCGUGAGAUUUGAUUCACAGGUUCAAUCACAUAAUGUUCCAGGAGAUUAUGAAAGAUGUAAUUCGUCAUCAGUUUCAUUCUCUUCUGUGGAUGGGUUUGGUUUCUCAUCUUGUCCUGUCGAGAGGGAACCAUACAUCCCAAAGUUUGUUGAAGUUAACUACAUUGAAGGUUCUAAUGACAACAAGUGGAGUGGUAAUAAUUUCCCAUGGACCAAAAAGCUGGAGGCCAAUAACAAGAAAGUGUUUGGAAAUCACUCUUUUCGCCUCAACCAAAGAGAGGUCAUUAAUGCUACGAUGAGCGGCUAUGAUGUUUUUGUUCUAAUGCCAACUGGAGGGGGUAAGAGCUUGACAUAUCAGCUCCCUGCCCUAAUUUGUCCAGGAGUAACAUUGGUAAUUUCUCCCCUGGUGUCACUUAUUCAAGAUCAAAUAAUGCAUUUAUUGCAGGCAAACAUUCCUGCUGCUUACCUAAGUGCCAAUAUGGAGUGGACUGAACAACAGGAAAUCUUUAGAGAGCUUAAUUCUGAAUAUUGUAAAUACAAGCUGUUAUAUGUCACCCCAGAGAAAGUUGCGAAAAGUGAUGUUCUUUUACGGCAGUUGGAGAAUUUAAAUGCUCGUCAGUUGCUAGCUAGGAUCGUUAUUGAUGAAGCUCAUUGUGUGAGUCAGUGGGGGCAUGAUUUCAGACCAGAUUAUCAGGCUCUUGGUAUCUUGAAACAGAAGUUCCCAAAUACUCCAGUGUUAGCUUUAACAGCUACUGCAACUGCUAGUGUAAAAGAGGAUGUUGUGCAAGCUCUUGGUCUUGUUAACUGCAUUGUUUUCCGGCAAAGUUUUAAUCGCCCAAAUUUAUGGUAUUCUGUUAUUCCCAAGACUAAGAAGUGUCUAGAUGACAUCGAUAAGUUCAUUAAAGAAAAUCAUUAUGAUGAAAGUGGAAUAAUUUAUUGUCUCUCGAGAAUGGACUGUGAAAAAGUUGCUGAGAGAUUGCAGGAAUGUGGACAUAAAGCAGCAUUUUACCAUGGUAGUAUGGAUCCUGCUCAGCGUGCCUUUGUCCAGAAGCAGUGGAGUAAAGAUGAAAUCAACAUUAUCUGUGCUACAGUGGCAUUUGGAAUGGGUAUCAACAAGCCAGAUGUACGCUUUGUAAUUCAUCACUCUCUCCCAAAGUCUAUCGAAGGCUACCAUCAGGAGUGUGGUCGAGCUGGUAGAGAUGGUCAGCGUUCAUCUUGUGUGUUGUAUUACAGUUACAGUGACUAUAUUCGAGUUAAACAUAUGAUUAGCCAAGGAGUUAUAGAGCAAAGCCCAUUGGCAUCUGGAUACAAUCGUAGCAAUACAGCUAAUUCUGGGAGAGUACUGGAAACAAAUACUGAAAAUCUUUUGCGCAUGGUCAGUUAUUGUGAAAACGAUGUUGAUUGCCGACGAAUUCUACAGCUUAUUCAUCUUGGAGAAAAAUUUGAUUGUACAACAUGCAAAAAGACAUGUGAUAAUUGUUUGAAGAUUAAAAGUUUCAUGGAGAAGGAUGUCACAGGGAUCGCAAAGCAACUGGGCAGCAGUUUUCGUCAUCUCAUAUUCUUGAAGUCUACAGGGGCUCCUUUAGCCAAUUUGUAUGCUUCAACUUUAAGACAUGCACUGUCCUUUCCACUUUUUGUCAUUAUCUUCUUUGAUGUUAUAUUUGUAAUGUUAGGUCAAGAACACAGGCAUCAGACUGUGACCUUGCAUGGAGUGGGAAAACAUCUAGCCAAGGGUGAAGCUUCCCGUGUAUUACGUCAUCUUGUUACCGAGGACCUUCUUUCGGAGGAAGUCAAGAAAAGUGAUGUUUAUGGAUCUGUAUCAUCAAUACUAAAGGUUAAUGAAUUGAAAGCGUGUGAACUUUUCUCUGGCAGGAAGACAAUUCUAAUAAGAUUCCCUUCUUCCGUAAAAGCUUCUAAACAGAAAAACUCUGAAGUGAUUUCAGCUAAAGUCUCACUGACAUCUGGGAAGCAGAGUCCUCCACAUAUUCGCACUGAACAACCUCAAUCCAAAGCAAAUUCGGAUCUAUCUACCAAAAUAUUUACUUCUUUGAAAAUGCUUCGAACUAAUCUCGUUAGAGAAUCUGCUGAUGGGGUCAUGGCAUACCACAUAUUUGCGAAUACCACGCUGCAGAACAUGAGCAGCAGAAUUCCUAGAACGAAGGAGGAACUCCUUGAAAUAAAUGGCAUUGGCAAGGGUAAGUUGGCCAAGUAUGGAGAUCGGAUACUUGAAACAAUUGAAGCUGCCAUAAAGGAAUACUACAAAACAGAUAAAAACAGCACCAGUAGCAAUGACAGUAAUGAUAUGAAGAGGAAAAGAGAUGGCAACAACAAUGGGAAUGAAAAUUUUGAUGACGACGACUUCACCAAAAGCACAGAUCGGUCAAAGAAAAAGGCACCAAAGAGGCAGAACAAAACUAUUGAGGCCUAUAGUUAUGCGGAGCCUGAUUACCCCCAAUUGAUAGAUGAUGAACUAGACUUAUAUUGCUAUGACUUUGAAGUGAAUGCUUCGGAUAUGAAAACUAAUCAGAAUGCUGGUGGAAGAGUGCUGCCUCAAUGGUCUACGCCUGGAAAUGGGCGACAGUGA